AUGACAUUCAGUGAUUCUCACACUAACAAAACAUUUAUACAGUUUCCAUUUCCUGUCAAACGAAACUCUGUUACAGAUGAUUAUGACAUAAAAGAUGAAGUAUUGGGUAUUGGUUCACGUGGUGAAGUACGGGUGUGUAUCAAUCUUCGUACAAAAGAACGAUGUGCAUUAAAAAUUCUAAAAGAUUCAAAUGAAGUUCGACGAGAAGUUAUUCUGCAGAGACAAGCUAGCACAUCUCUAUCUUCGAAUAUUGUAAAUGUACGUGAUGUUUAUUUGAAUGAAUAUUCAAAGCGACGAUGUGUAUUACUUAUUCUAGAAUGUAUGGAUGGUGGCUUAUUAUUUGAUCGGAUACAACGUAUUGGUAAUGAAAAUUCGUUUACAGAAUGUCAAGCAGCCGGUUUAAUACACUCCAUCUUUAAAGCUGUACACCAUCUGCAUUCGAUGAAUAUUGCACAUAGAAAUAUAAAACCGGAGAAUUUACUGUUUACAUCAGCAGGAAACGAUGCACUAUUAAAAUUAACGGAUUUUCGAUUUGCGAAAGAAUGUAGUGAUAAGAUAGAUAAGCCGUUGAUUACACCAUGUUACACACCCUCUUAUGUUGCACCAGAGAUACUGUCCGAGAAGAGAUACAACAAGGUGCGUAUUUCUUAUGACAAACGUAAUGUUGUGGCUUAA